ACAAUAACAAUAAGAGUUUCUUACACAGGAUCUGGUAGCGGUCCAGACUACCUUGAAAGUUGAUGGCAGGGAGAUGGAGAUGGUCUUGGCUGCAGCCUACUUUCCGGGGGACAACGCCAACGUGCAGCCCCUUGAGGUACAGCAGCUUCUAGAAUUCUGCCGCAGGAGACGGCUUCCUGUCAUUCUAGGCUGCGAUGCGAACGCCCACAAUAUGGAGUGGGGCAGCUUGGACACUAACCGCAGGGGUGAGUGCCUUUUAGAAUAUAUUAUAAGUGAAGACCUUAGCAUUCACAAUGUCGGUAAUAAACCAACGUUCUUUACUAGGGUCAGAGAGGAAGCUCUUGACAUCACUAUCAGCAACAGACUGGCCAGUCCUCAGAUCGUCCAGUGGAAAGUCUCAUCUGAGCCUUCGAUGUCGGAUCACAGGAUUGUCCGGUUUGCACUGGGAGCUGCUUGUCAGACAGGUUACUCUAAGAGAAACCCCAGGAAAACCAACUGGGCCAAAUAUGAAGAGGUACUUAGACUGAACCUACCAAGAAUAGAGGUACAGGAUAGAAAGGUAGAUUGUAUGGCGUUAGAGGACAGGGUUAAUAGGCUGAACGGCACAAUCUUAGAUGCCUUUACAUCCAGCUGUCCCGUGUCAAAGCUUAAGGGGAAGGCUCAGCCUACCUGGUGGUCACGGGAACUCUCGGUUCUUAGGAAAGAAGCGCGCAGACUGUGCAACAGGGCAAAGCGCACCGGGAACUGGGAGGAAUACUCAGUCAGUCUGACAAAGUACAAUAAGGAGGUUAGAAAGGCCAAGCGUAGCAGCUUCAGGACCUUCUGUGAAAACAUCGCAUCCACUCCUGCAGCUUCUAGGCUUCAUAAAGCUUUGGCAAGGGACAACACAGGCACCAGAUUGGCUAUAAGGCUACCUAAUGGGACUUUUUCAGGUACAGAACAGGAAAGGGCACUCGCCCUGCCGUCGGCCCACUUUCCGGACGCCAUUCCCUUCGCUGGAUAAGCAUGUUCCGUGCGUACAGGCCAUCCCCACCGGACUGGAAGCUGGCUGAAAGCCUUAUAAACCGGCAAACAGUGCGGUGGGCUUUGGACUCCUUCGAACGGUACAAGGCCCCUGGGGUGGAUGGUAUAUGUCCAAUGUUGCUGAAGCAGGGCGGAGAGCUCUUACUUUCACAUCUUGUGGAUGUUAUGAGGGACAAUCUAGCGCUGG